GCUACCUUCCGCUCCCGGCCCCCUUGCCGCCCUGGAGGAACCACUCACGGAGCAAGUCCCGCAGGCGAGGCAGAGGCGUGGAGGGUGGGAGUCGUGGUCACCAGGGACGCCAGGGCGUGGCCGCUCCUCAGGCCCGCCCAGCCGCCUGCGCCUUCGCGCGCCAAAGUCAAAGCGCAGGUCCCGCCGGCGGGAGACCGACCCUGCAAGCCCGGGCCACCCGCGCCGCCGCCAGCCAGCCAGCCAUGGCCACCCCGCCCAAGAGGUUCUGCCCUUCCCUCUCGACCAGCUCCGAGGGAACCCGCAUCAAGAAGAUCUCCAUCGAGGGGAACAUCGCUGCCGGGAAGUCAACCUUUGUGAAUAUCCUGAAACAAGUUUGUGAGGAUUGGGAAGUGGUUCCCGAGCCCGUCGCCAGAUGGUGCAAUGUUCAGAACACUCAGGAUGAAUUUGAGGAAUUGACAACGUCUCAGAAAAGUGGUGGGAAUGUUCUUCAAAUGAUGUAUGAGAAACCUGAGCGGUGGUCUUUUACAUUUCAAGCAUAUGCCUGUCUCAGUCGGAUCCGAGCCCAGCUUGCCUCUCUCAGCGGCAAGCUCAAAGAUGCAGAGAAGCCUGUGUUGUUUUUUGAGCGAUCUGUGUAUAGUGACAGGUAUAUUUUUGCCUCUAAUUUGUAUGAAUCUGACUGCAUGAAUGAAACAGAGUGGACAAUAUAUCAAGACUGGCAUGACUGGAUGAAUAGCCAGUUUGGCCAAAGCCUUGAACUGGACGGAAUAAUUUAUCUUCGUGCUACUCCAGAGAAAUGCUUAAACAGAAUAUAUUUACGAGGAAGAAAUGAAGAACAAGGCAUUCCUCUCGAAUAUUUAGAGAAACUUCACUAUAAACAUGAAAGCUGGCUCCUUCAUCGAACUCUGAAAACCAACUUCGAUUAUCUCCAAGAGGUGCCCGUCCUCACGCUGGAUGUUAAUGAAGACUUUAAAGACAAACAUGAAAGUCUGGUUGAAAAGGUCAAAGAAUUUUUGUGUACUCUGUGAUUGCACAGGAGACUACUAGCAACAAAGUGUUUCCAGAUACUUGAGUUUUGUGUGUCCUCAUAGCUUGUCCGAAAAUCUUGACAAGUUCAAGUUUUUAAACCAUUUUUGUUUUAAGGAAAAAAAAAACCCUUUCUUUAUAUAUAUAUAUUUUAUUUAAUGUUUCAGGAUCUUCUGUAAAACUGUGUCCCUGCUACUUCCUCCACUUCUGUUCUUCCAACAGUUUUAAAUCAGAGGUGUUUAUCUCUCCUAACAGGAGGUCUGGGGUACAUGACUAGAGUCCGGAAAGUGAGUGUCUAAACUAUUGUAAAAGGCCCUGCCUUAUUCUGCCUUCUCAGUUGUUACCCUGCUCAGGUUAACAUGGUUUCACUGUGCCUCUGGCUUUACUGGUACCAGUUCCUUAAGUGGAUACCCUGCUGUUAAGUGUAAAGGGCAUGUGUCUUCUGGACGCCAGUACACCUGUCACAGGCUGAGAAGGGAGUCUGGGGAGUCCCUAGCAUAGUGCUGCUGAAGCGCUCCUUUUGUUUUUCUUCCUGUUCCCUUUGGGGAUGCUGGAGAUGGAAGCCAGGCCCUUUCAUGCUAGGGAAGCUCUCUGCAGUACCUGUCCCCAGCCCCUGAGGUUUAGUUUUCAUCAGGUGCCCCUCCCUCCAGCCCACCUAAUGUUGGAGGUAAGGCCACGUCAGCAUCACCACAUGAUGUUCUUAGUGUGUCUGUGGGCCUCCGUACAGGAGGUGGUUAAAGUCAGUUCCCAGCCUGGUAACAGUACAGCUGCUUUAUGCAUCACCCGAUCUUUACCUGUUUCUUCAUCUGUGAUGAGUGCUCUAUUUACCUGAAAUUUUGGACUAGAAGAAAUCUCUAUAUUUAAGAGGUACCUAAGAAGUGUAUUAUGUACAAGACUGCAUUAAGAUAGCCACUGCUCUUCUCAGACUACAGUUAAAAUGCUUCUUUAAAUUAUGAUUUUUCUUUUUUCUUUUUUUCAAGACAGGGUCUCUACAUAGCCCUGGCUGUUCUGGAUCUCACUGUGUAGACCAGGCUGGCCUGGCCUCGAACUCACAGAGAUCCACCCACCUCUGCCUCACUUCCCACACUCGGUGGAAGCAUCACCAUCCCAAACUCUGAUACUCUGAUUUCUUUGAAAUCCUUUGAGGUGCGAGUGCAGUUUUUUUAUGUAAAAUGAUGAUAGAACAUGACAAGGUUCUCCAUUCUCUCCCCCCUUCCCCCAUUGGUGCUGUAUUAAUAAUGAGUAGUCUCUCUUUAGCUUUAUCUGUGGCGAGACAUUGUGAUAAACCAAGCCAAGGGGGAACAUUUUAGCUUUUCGGUCUGUUCGGUGCGCAUCUCCCCAUCUGCUGAACAUGUCUGCUUUCUAUCUGGAUUUAUCAGGAAGUUUGCUAACUUAAGAUUGAAGGUCACACGUUUCACUGUGAAAGGGCCAUGAUCAUGCUUUGCCUCCUGGUUUGCUUUGCUUUGUUGGAUUUUCCUUAAUUUUUUCGUACUCACAGAAAUUAUUGAUGAAACAAUUUUGCUUUAUGUUAUAGUGUAUCGUGGAAAUGUUACAAUUUUUGUUGAACUAGGAACUAAAAUUAACAAACACAGGGAGCCUUAACGCUCCCAUUAAUAAUGCACGUCUCUAAACUACUUUCAUGUUUAGCUGUAAAAAUUUGCUUGGAUUUAUCCUAGGCCUAUAUAUAAUUAAAUAAGUACUUUUUUUUAUUGCCUUUUUUCCUCCCACUGGAGUUAAGUUAAAAUGUGUGUUGUUUUUACCGAGUAAUUAACCUUUCUAUUUCACAUUAGGAAAAAUGUAUAAUUUCUUGAAAAGAACGCGUUUAUCUUGAAGCUAUAAUUUUCCUUUCUAAAAUGUUAUCUUUUACUUUGGGCUUCUUCUUCAGAGAUGUUAAUUCACUGUUAACCGCUACAGUAGCACUGAUCUUUGAAAUGGGGACUCAAGUCUGUAACAACCAUAAAUAAAUUGUCUUGUGUUAUAUCUGACUUUUUAUUUUUGUUUGAAAUAAAGUUGCCCACUGAAAUAUUUGUCAAUAAA